GACUGGUCAAAAAAAAAUCUCCAAGAUAUUUUGUUAGGUGAGAGAGAGAGAGAGAGAUGAAGUCUGGUUUCUCCGCCGAUGAUCCAACCGAUUCCUUCUGGCUACCACCUCCACCGCCGUCUCCGCCUCAGUCUCCGGGAGAAGGUAUGACGAGAAGCCAGUCGGAGUGGGCCUUCCAGAUGCUUCUCGAAGAGAUAUCCUCCGUUCCCGCGGGGAGUUCCAUCUCCUCAUCUUCGGCGACAGACAACGCGAUCGGACGGUCGUAUCCUCCCCAGGUUCGAUCUGAGUCGUCCGUUUCUCGAACUGAAGAAGCUUCUUCUAACGUCGUCGUGAUGCAGAAGCCGAGCCGUAACGGUGCUACGUCGUCGUUUGUUGAGGAGAUCGAUCCUAACCACUACCAAGCGGUUCUCAAGAGCAAGCUUGAACUCGCUUGCGCUGCUGUUGCGCUUCGUGUGUCUACUGUGACGCCGGAAGGUUCGAGUGCAUCGUCUGGUAUUCAAAAUCAGGUUUCUCCGGUUGGAUCUCAAACUCAAGGUUCUGCUGUGGCACAAAUGUCGCCUGCUGUUUCAUCUGUGAGUGAUGCUCCCUCAUUUGACACACAGAGACAACGAGAUAUUCAGUCCAGACUAGCUGCUAGUGAUUCAGAUGAUUCUGAUGACGAAGAUCCUGAUGGAGAGACUGUAACAACAGUGAAUGCUGAUCCUACCAAUGUGAAGCGUGCUAGGAGGAUGCUUUCAAACCGAGAGUCUGCAAGGCGCUCUAGAAGAAGAAAGCAAGAGCAAAUGAGUGGACUUGAUUCACAGGUUGGCCAAUUACGUGGUGAGCAUGCAACUAUGCUUAAGCGUCUUAGUGAGGUCACUCAGAAGUUUAGCACCGCUGUUGUCGAUAACAGAAUCUUAAAAGCUGAUAUCGAGACAUUGAGAACAAAGGUGAAGAUGGCAGAGGACACUGUGAAAAGAGUGACAGGGAUGAACCCUAGGCUUUUGGCAAAACCAUACAGCAUACCAUUCGAUAGGACACUGAUGGGUACUUCACAGCCAAACUUGAAUCAAACCGACAUGAUUCCAAAUCAAAUAUCAGAGAACGACAGUUUUGCAAGCAACUCGGUUGUUUCUUUGGAAGCCGGUUGCAAUGCUUUUGAAGCCACAAGCUGGAUUUGUGAUAAGGAGGCGCCUUGAAGAAAUGUGGUGGAGCCUAAAGGUGUGUACUUAAAUGAUCGCUGGACAAUUUAAUUAUUGGAGACAACAUCUUAUGGAACAAGAAAAACUUUUUUAAGUGUAUCAAAUGUUGUGUAGUUUUUUUUUUUAUUACUUCAGUUAUGACUUUUUAGCAUGACAAGCCUGAUCUAUGUUACUUUGUCUAGACUUUA